GUUCACUAAAGCGGAGUUGGAUUUCGUGUCUAUGGUAUAAUGAUCAAAUUCAACUGGAGUUUGGGAGCAGAUACGGUUGUUUCACGGAUAGAUUGUUGACUGUACCUUCCCUGUUGCUUACAUCUGAGGUAUCCGCAUCAUGGAAUCUGAAUGUUCGAAAAGAGUCUACCAGGGAGUCCGGGUAAAGCACACAGUGAAAGAUCUGCUGGCAGAAAAGAGGUCACAGCAAACGAACGGGCCACGCUACACUGGUGUAUCUACUCCUCAGAGUCCAUUUGUACAAAUGACAGGUUCUCACAUGCUUCCGAGUUACUAUGGUAUGAGAAGACCUUUCCUUUCGGACACUGAGUUUUGUCCCUCAAACAAACCAUUUCCUGGUGAUGUGUACCCCUCAGCACUGUCAGGGAAGUCUCUCUCAACUGACACUGGAUGCAUGUCUGGCUAUUCCUCUCUCAUAGACAGCUACUACCCUGAGUCUUUUGGAGACUACCGUAGCACACCUUUUUCCAGUGGAGGAAGCACAAUAUUCUCACCCUCUGCGUUGACGUCAUUGCUUCCACCUUACUCCAGUGACCCUUCACAUUAUUUGCUGAGGGAUUCUUGGGAGCACACGGGCACAGAGGUGGUGGAGAAUUUGUGUGGAGAUGGUUUGGCUCCCAUGCCCCUGUCUGCACCCAGUUCUCUGGCCAACCCUGAGAAUGCCAGCCCGACCCAGUACCGCUCAUCUUCGCGAGGUUCUAGUAUGACUUCUUCACAGUCAUACUCUCUCCAUUCACUGGAUGAAGUCAAUUAUCAGACCCCAUUCCAGUCCACUUCCGGCAGCUUUACAUCCCCUUCAUUUGUGACUGAGUCUGCUAGCAAAAUGACAGUGCUGCCCUCAGAGGACACUGAGAGUGCCCCCCCAGCCUUGAGCGACAGCCUGGCAUGGGGGAGGGAGGACACUGCUAGCACUUGGUCACAGUAUGAGGUCAGGAGGGCAUUCUGAGAUUGAACUAUGAGGGAACAGAGGCUUACCGGCCUAGCAGAGCAACACCUCUUCAGUUUGCAAAUAAGACAAUUAACACUAAAAUCUAUUGUCAGGUUUACUUAGCAAUGGUAAGGCUGGGGAACAAAUAUCACUACACUGUAUGCUCUAUUUGAUGUUUUCAGUUUGUAUCAUUUAUUAUAAUUAUGUCUUCUUUUUUUUUUUUCUUCCACAAGUUCUAUUGUCUCAACAGGAAAUGGGAGAUAAUCAGUAUAAGGCGUUUGUAUAUUGGAUUUUUUUGUUUUUUUUAUUUGUAUGACACAUAAGUGACUGUGAGUCUAUUUACAGUAAAUGUAUAUUGUUUGACUAUGAUCAAAGAAAAGAAAUCACUGCACUCUACCAGUUAAGGGUGAGUAGAUCCACAGAAAAUAUUUAAAAGUCUUAAAAGCAAGAUGAUCCGCACUCCUUUUUCUCAAUUUGUAUAUGUUAUUCAUAUCUCACAGUACAGGAGAACACAGAUGUUCCGGCCUUAGAAAAUGUAUAUUGUUUGCAAAAAUUAAGUGUUACAAUAUUUAUAGUUGAUGUGUAAUGUCUGUGCUAGUCCUAUUUGUCUUGUUUUAUUUUUAAUAUUUCAAUUUAAAAGACUUAUGUUAAACCUGUCUGAAAGGUCAAUAAAACUAUAAUUCCAAAAAAUGACUUUUGUAACUUUACAACACAAAGGAAUUCACAGGCCAGAUGCAUUUGUUUUAUAUGUGCAGGUGCAAAUUCCCAUAUUUGUCUGCAACAAAUUAAACUAAUUUAGAAAUGUACAACGGUGUAAAUUUCUGGCAAAUGUAAAGAGUGCUGCUGUUAAAACCAACACCAUUAUAGUUCUCUUAGAAAGAAAACUUUGCAAAAAGGUUCCAUUUAUUAAAGAAAUGUUCUGGGUUUAAUACAAGUGAAGCUCAAUCAACAGCAUUUGUAGCAUAAUAGCCUGUUGACUACCACAAAAAUUAUUUUCGACUCGUCCCUCCUUUUCUUUAAAAAAGCAAAAAUCUGGAUUAUAGUUAGGCACUUACAACGUAAGUGAAUGGGGGCCGAUUUAAAUAAAUAAAAUCGCUUACUAACCUUUUCAGUGUAAAAUUAUAGCCAAUUUUACAUCUUCGUUGGCAAGAGGAAUAUCACUCAUUUUAUUAAUGUUAAUGUAAGGGCUUUUAUAAAAUUAUAAGCUUCACAUUUCUGCUUUUAAACCCUCCAAAAAUGGACCCCAUUCACUUCCAUUGUAAGUGCCUCCCUGUAACAUUCAUUUUUGCUUUUCUUUAAAAAAGCCUAAAUAAAUUUUUGUAGUAAUCAACAUUAUGCCACAAAUGCCAUUGAUUGAGCUUAACUUGUAUUGAACUCGGAAUAUUCCUUUAACAUUAGUUAAUGCAUUAGGUAUCAUGAACUGACAAUGGAUAACAUUUAUUUUUUACAGCAUUUAUUCAUCUUGUUAACAGUUUAUUCAUCUUGUUAAUAUUAAUUAAUAAAAAUACAGUUGCUCAUUGUUAGUUUAGAUUAGUUUGGAGUGCAUUAACUAAUGUUAACUAAUACAACGUUUGGUUUUAAAAAUGUAUUAGUAGGGUACAACGGGGGUAAAGGCUCCCUGGGGCAAAAGGUUCCUUUGAUUUUAUUUUUUGUAAAUUUAUGUAGCUAAUGAAUAACCUGGAAAUUAUCACAUUUAUUUUGAGACAAAAAUAGUGAUUUAUCAUUUUUAAUUUUGUUAAACGUGAUUAUAUCAGUACAUUUUCAAUAACUGUCCAGGAAGUGAAAGGAUAGCAUUUGGGGGGAAAAGCCACCCUGUUGCAGGGGCUAAAGGCCCCUAUUAAACAAGUAUAAACAAGUGGGCUCACAUUGACUGAUCCAAUCACAAUGGAGAUUAAUUAGUUUCUGGAAUACUUGAGAUGUGGUGAAAUGUCAAAUGUGAUUGAAAUUAACAAGAAAUUAUGCACCCUUUUCUAAAGUGGUUAUUUUGAAUAAGCAUUAUCUAAAUUUGUUACUCAAAAAAGCAUCUUCCUGUCUCAAACGUAUUUGCUUAAGCUGAAAAAUUGUGCCCUAUAACUAUUGCCCCGGAAUCUACACGAAAUAACUAUAAACUCACUAGGGGCCCAGGUGUGGGGUAAAAGGCCCCUUCACCACCUUUUUUAUAUUUUCUAUUUUUUUAUUUGAUUUUAAUUUUUAUAGAAUUUUAUUCAAAACAAUUCCUCUGUUGUUAUUUCUUUCACACAAAUUGUGUUGCUCCGUCAAUAUUCAAUAAAAAAUAAAUGUAUUUUUUGAAUCUUAAAGCAUUUUGUGAGCAGAAAAAUGCUAAUUUUCCUUAAGGUGUGCCUUUAGCCCCAUUGUACCCAAUAUGUUAAAAUUAGCAU